AUGGACCAUCAGGGCAAUGCAGAGACGCGUACAGACAUCAUUACGCUGACAAACCACAUUCUGUCGUCCCAGCAACAGCACAAGGAAGCUACGGGCGACAUGACCAUAUUGUUGAACUCGAUUGGAAGUGCUUGCAAAUGGGUAUCAAACUGUGUCAGAAAGGCGGAGCUACUGAAAGUCAUCGGCCUAACUGGCGGUCAAAACGUCCAAGAAGAAAACGUACAAAAACUAGACAUGCUCUCAAACGAAAUCAUGGUCAACCUCCUCAGAUCCUCCGGAAAGACAGCCGUCCUUGUUUCCGAGGAGGAUGAAGAGGCUCUAUUCAUCGAGGGACAGCAAAAGGGAAUGUAUUGUGUCGUCUUUGAUCCGCUGGAUGGAAGUAGUAAUAUUGAUUGUGGAGUGUCUAUUGGCACCAUAUUUGGCAUUUACAAGUUGAAAGAAGGAUCAAAGGGCACCUUGUCUGAUGUGUUGAGACCUGGCACUGAGAUGGUUGCUGCUGGUUACUGCAUGUAUGGAUCUUCCACCGUCCUCGUAUUGACAACAGGACCAUCUGAUUUACAUGGAUACACUCUUGAUCCAAAUUUGGGUGAAUUCGUAUUGACUCAUCCCAAUAUCAAAAUCGGAAAGAAAAAAAUCUACUCAAUAAAUGAAGGAAACGCACAUACAUUCGAUGAUGCAGUCAAGAGUUAUAUCCAGACAUUGAAGUUCCCAGCUGAAGGACAAACGGGCAAAUUUACGCCUUAUUCAGCUAGAUAUGUGGGGAGUAUGGUUGCUGAUGUCCACCGAACAUUAUUAUACGGAGGUGUAUUCAUGUACCCAGGCGCCAAACUCCGAAUCCUUUACGAAUGCUUCCCAAUGUCACUCAUCGUUGAAGCUGCCGGUGGCAAAGCAUCGAAUGGUCGCAAAAGAAUAUUGGAUUUGAUACCUGAAAAGAUUCAUGCUCGAUCUGGCAUCUUCUUGGGUACUGCUGCCGAAGUUGAUGCUAUUGAGGCUGCGUAUAAGAAGCUGGAUGCAAAGCAUUGA